AUGGGAUCAGUUCUGGAAUCGCUGUAUGGCCUGCCAUUCGCUGUGCUAGAGGUGCCCAACAUAAAGCUGAAGAGACCUGGAUGGUUCAAACAGCCAUCACCAAUGGUGGUCUACUCGUUUGUGUUGGUCUCGUACUUUCUCGUCUGCGGAGGCAUCAUAUAUGACGUGAUAGUAGAGCCGCCGUCCAUUGGGUCGACGGUUGACGAGUCCGGCCACUCGAGGCCCGUGGCGUUCAUGCCUUACAGAGUGAACGGACAGUACAUUAUGGAGGGCUUGGCGUCGAGCCUACUGUUCACGUUAGGCGGACUCGGAUUCGUUAUCUUAGACAACACUCACUCUCCCGUCACACCCAAACUCAACCGAAUCCUCUUAAUAGCCAUCGGAUUCAUACUAAUAAUCGUCUCAUUCUAG